AUGCAACAUCUACCAGGGAUUGACGAGCAGAGGAUCCAAGACUUCCCUAAGAUUGAACUCCCUAUGACAUCACCAGAUGAUCUUAUACAAGCAGCAAAGGCAUUAGGAGAAUCAAAGAAAGAUUCGCAGCAGAAGCAGCAAAAGAAGCAGCAGAAGCAGCAGCAGCAGCAGCAGCAGCAGCAAGGAAAUGCUGAUGGAGUAUCAGACAAGAAGCCUCCAACAGAUGCAGCAGCAGAUUCAUCUUCUGCUGCAGCAUCAGAUAAGAAGAAGAAUAAAAAAGGCAGCAGCCAACCUGCAGCAGCAGCAGCAGCAGCAGCAGCAGAAAGACCAGUAGAUGAUCCUAUGCGUCUUGAUAUGCGUGUUGGUAUAAUUAGGAAAGUAUGGAGACAUCCAGAGGCAGAUAAGUAA